UCGAAAGCACGAGCACACGUCUGACUCUGUGAGCGGCCCAUAGAUGUGCACCUCUAUAAACCCGUGACUCUUUGAAUUCAGUUCUUUGAGACGCUUCGCAAAUUGUACCUUCUUCAGCCUUCAGUCGUGGUGAAGAUUUCUUCACCAAGGCUACCGGAAAGAUGGCUAGAACGACCGCAUCUAUGCUACUGCUCUUGAUCACUGUGCCGUGUUGCUUCGCCUCUGAUAUCGUAAAAGACACACGGCUCGGCCGAAUCAAGGGUAACAGGCUUGAAGUGCUAGGUCAUGCAGUGGACGAGUUCCGCGGGAUACCGUACGCACAGCCGCCAUUGGGUACGCUGCGUUUCAAGCCGCCACAACCAGGUGGACCAUGGGAGGGUACGCUGGAUGCCAGGAGCAAAAAGACCGCGUGUCCGCAGGUCGUGUAUAAUCCCAAAGCAUUUGUUAACAUCGAGCUCACGGAAGACUGCCUGCACCUCAAUAUAUGGAGCCCCCCAGAGCGUACCGAAGACGUCGUUCCGGUGCUCGCUUGGAUCCACGGUGGCGGCUUCACGCAUGGUUCAUCCGGCCAGGAUGUAAACAAUGGCGCCGUUCUAGCAGCAAGCACAGGUCUUGUCGUCGUCAGCUUCAACUAUAGACUCGGUUUCUUGGGUUUCCUAGACACGCAGUCGACAGAGGCACCAGGCAAUGUAGGUCUCCUGGACCAAAACAUGGCCCUGAGGUGGAUCAGGGAGAAUAUUGACCAAUACGGUGGCGACGCUUCGAAAGUCACCAUCUUCGGCGACAGUGCUGGUGGUAUGAGUGUUCACGGGCACCUAAUCUCACCAAUUAGCAAAGGUCUCUUCAUUAGGGCAUGUCUAAUGAGCGGAACUCUACAUGGCCGUGACUUCGCUCAGACAGCGAAUGACAGUAUAAGCAAAGGAAACACUGUCGCUGCGGCAGUGGGCUGUGCUGACCGCCACAGAAACUUGACCACUAACCCUGAAUCUGUUGUUGAGUGUCUCCGCUCGAAAAACGCCUUUCAACUCGUACGAGCCACGAAUAAUCUAUUCAAGCCCAAGUUAUUUCCUUUCCUACCUACAUAUCCCAAUGGCUUCCUUCCAGUAGAUCCGAGCGCCGCAGUUAAACAGGGAUUGUUCAACGCAGCCGACCUCUUGGUCGGAGUCACCGCUGACGAGGGGACAACAGCUCUGAGAUCACUUCCGAACGACGUUGACCGCCUCGACCGAAAGCAAUUGGAGCGCUUGCUUCGCGCUUCUGUCUUCCCCUGGCUCAAGACUAACUUCUCCAAACCGUUGGACGUGUACAAAGCUGAGGCUCGUGACAAUGUAGCGCUAAGGCGCGCUUACGCAGACUACUUAUCCGACUCCAUAUUCGUGUGCCCCAUGCACUUCACAGCUGAGGAUCACUCGAACAGAGGACAGUCCGUAUACACUUACGUGUUUGGUCACCUGUCUCGCAAGAGCACGCUUCCUUCAUGGAUGGGGACACCUCAUAGCUAUGAUGUUAGCUACAUGUUCGGUGAGCCCCUUGUUGACCUAAUAAGUUAUACUGCUCAAGAUGCCCACGUGUCUCAAGUGGAUAUGAUGGCUUUGUCAACCUUCGCUACCACUGGGGUGCCGCAGCUUCCAGGAGACCACUCGUGGCCGAAGUACACUUCUGACACCCCGGUCUCAGUUUAUAUCGCCGGUGACAACAUAACAUAUGUAUACGGCAUUCACAUGGAAAAGUGCGACGUCUGGAAGUCAUUCUGGAAAAUGUAGAAGUCAUUUCAUAUUUCAGAAUGCUUUGGAUUAUAGUACCUGCUCUUCAAGGGCCUGACUUCGAAAAUAACGACUUCUUUUUGAUAA